CAAGCUCCAUCAGGCUUUAUCCUACUUCUUCCUUUGGUGAAUCAGAGUCACUUAAACUUGCAAAAAGAUGACAGAUCUCUUAAGAAGUCUUGUCACCAUCAUUGAUAUUUUCUACAAAUACACUGAGCAAGAUGGAGAAUGUGGCACAUUGAGCAAGGAUGAGCUAAAGGAACUUCUAGAGAAAGAAUUUCAUCCAAUUCUAAAGAACCCAGAUGAUCCAGAAACAGUGGAUGUCAUUAUGCAAAUGCUGGAUCGAGAUCAUGACCAAAGACUAGACUUAAUUGAAUUUCUUCCAAUGGUAUUCAAGCUAGUUAUGGCCUGCAACAAUGUUCUCAGCAAAGAAUACUGCAAAGCUUCAGAGUCAAAAAAGCGUAAGCAUGGUCAUCAGCAAGAAGAAGAAAGUGAAACAGAAGAGGAAGAAGAGACACCAAGACAGAAAUCAGGUUAUAGACGUUCCAGUUGGCAAGAGGGAGAGGAACAUGGUUAUAGUUCUGGGGGCUCCAGGGGAACUGCAAAACAUAGACAUGGGUCAAACUGCAGGAGACUGGAAAGACAAGGUGAAAUGUCCAUCUCAGAGGGAUCUGAGACAAGUCACCAUGAGUCUAGCUAUGGUCAUUCCUGGAGUAGUGGCGAAGAGAGACGUGGUUCAAGCUCUGGAAGGCUGGAAGAAAGAAGCAAGUCACAUGGUAGACUCUAUAGGGAAUCUGGUGAGGAACAGGAAGCUAGAGCUGAGUCAAAGAGCCCAGAAAAGAAACAUCAUGGUUCUCUGUCACAUGGACUAGGGAUGAAAGGACAUGAACCAUACUCUACUCGGACAAGAAAGAGUGAAGGACAAACACUUGUAUCUAUCUCAACAGAUUUGGGAGGCAGCAAAGAACAAGGUCAUGCAUGUGGAUAUAACAAUUCCAGUGGAUGUAGAAGACCACAAAAUGCUUCUAGUUCUUGUCACACAAGUAGAUCUUGCAGUCAAGAAAAUCAAUCUAGCUAUAAACUGUCAGGUUGUCAAUCAGGAAGUAGUGGAGGUUAUAGUCAUGGAUGUAUCUCAGGAAGUCAUUCCUCUGGAUGUCCUCAGUCUGAGCCUAGCUCCUGUAGGCAUUCUUGUAGGCAGAGAGGAUAUGGAAAUAGACAAUGUAGUCAGCCACAGAACUGUGGAGGACAACAGGAAAUAAACUCAAGCCAGUCCCCUUGCUAUGGACAAAAUGGCUCUGGCAGAAGUCAGUCUUGCUGUGCACAACAUGGGCUUGGAUCAAAUCAAUCCACUGGCUAUGGUCAGUGUGGGUCCACUACUUGUCAGUCCUCUGGUUAUAGACAACAAGACUCUGGCUCAGGUCAAUCUUGUUGUGGAAAAUAUGGCUCUGAAUCGAGUCAAUCCACUGGCUAUUGUCAGUGUGGGUCCAGUUCAGGAAAAUCCUCUGGCUUUGGAAAACACUGUUCUACCUCAAGUCAGAACACUGCUUUGGGACAGUGUGAUUCAGGUCACUCUUCUGAUUGUGAACACCAACAACCAAGAGACAUCAGGCAUAAACACAUUAAUCACGGACAAUCUACACAGUCUGGUUCAGGAAAAAAAGAUAGAAGCACAGAGUCUCAGAGCAAAACCAGCAACACAGAGAAAGACUCCCAAUUCCCAAAUGGACACUCAGGAUCCCCGGAGCACCUCACUGGAUCUGCACAUGGAGAGUCAGAAUCCAGAGUUCUGCCAGGAAGACAGAGAACUGCUCACCAGCAGUCAAGAGAUAUGACCAGGCAUUCCCAGUCAGGUGAGCAACAAUUCCCUGAUUCUGCAGUGACACCAGACAGAAGAAGCAGCCAUGUUCACAGUGAGUCCAGCAGCAAUGAGGAACACUCAGAGUCCACAAACACACAAACAGGAGGCAAUAAGCACCAGGCACAAUCUUCACAUGGAGAGUCACAAUCCACAGGUCAAGGAAGACAGUACACUGCACAUCAACAAUCACAAGAUACCAGCAGACAUGGACAUAGACAAGCCACACAAUCUGGCUCACAAACAACUGGCCAAAUUGCUGGUUCUCACAGACAAGCCAGUGACACAGAGGAAUACUCGCAAGUCACACAUGGACAAUCAGGGUCCCCUCAGCACCACACUGGACCUCAACAUGGAGGGUCAGCAUCCACAGAUCAAGAAAGACAGAGAACUGCUCACCAUCAGUCAACAGACACCACCAGGCAUUCCCAGUCAGGUGAGAGACAAUCCCCUCAUUCUGCAAUGAUACCACACAGAAGAAGGCACCAUUUUCAUAGUGAGUCCAGUGUUAGUGAGGAGCGCUCCUACUCCUCAGACAGACAUGCAGAGCCUUCCCUCAACCCAGGUGAAUCUCAGCAGAAGCAUUUGGGUUCUAGUCAGGCACAUUUACCUAAUACUCACUCUCAUUCAAGAGAUAGCAUCAGAAAGCAUUCAUCUAGCCUUCACACUCAGUAUGGAUCAAAGCACAGCCAAUUCCAAAAUAAUGGCAAACAUAAACAUGGAUCACAACAAGGUUGGAGACAUGGUAGCUAUGGUUCUUCAGAGUAUGACUAUGGCCAAUCUGGAUAUGCACCUUCUCAGGCCAGCAGAACUAAUAGUCAGAAUUCUAGCUCUCUGAGAUCUCCAGACAUAUCUACAAGUACAGAAACGUCUAGCUAUGGAAAAUCCUUGUCCUUAUCUGACCAUUUUGAGUCCAACAGAAUUGAAGGAAUAAGAGAAUCAGAUUCUUUUCAUAUACUUUGUGAUACAAUUUAUUCCCACUCUCUUAACUCCUACAAUCAGUCUGAGUCCGGUAUAUCUAAAAGUGAAAGAUCUAGUCAUGGUCAGCAUUUUGUAACUGCUGAACAGUCAAGUGACCCUGAUUUUCAAUGUGAAUAUAAUAGAACCAGAAAGCAAUCAUAUACUCAUAGCCAGUCUAAUGGUGACUCUGAUCCUAGCCAUAGAGACUACAUUCCGUUUCAUGAACAUUUAGAAUCUAGAUCAAGUAGAAGACAAUCUGGUUUAAACACUAAAGAAUGGCAAGUACUUAGCCAUAGCCCAUCAAUUGCCAGUGAUGAGCUUCUGACUGACAGCAGGAACAGAAGUCAAAGAUCUAUUUCUAAUUCCUCUAUCUGGAGCCAAGAACCUGUGGAAACUGAGGAGUAUAGGUGUAAAUAUUUAUCACGUACAGCUACAUGGAAUGGGGGAAGGCAAUGGCAAAAUUUAGAAUCGAAUCCAUCUGAGUGUGUCAGAAGAUACAGUCAGCAUUUAGUUGAUAAUCAGCCAAGAGUCUCUGAGGCCAGAGGUUACUAUGGGGGUGGGAGAACUAACUCACGUUGCUUUUACUCAGAUAGCAACACUCCACUCUACAAAUAUGUCCAAGAACAAAGGCAUUAUUUCUUUGAAUAAGAAAGUAGUAGAAAACAAAAGAAUCCAUGAUAAGAACUAAUGCAAAGAAGAAGUAAGAAACAGAAAAAGAUAUGUAAUGUAAUCUUUUUCUUGGUAGUAGGGCUAUAUGUAUGUUUUUUCACAUGAACUGUAUUACUUUACUCUAUUAAUUUUUGAUGCAAGAUCUUUUCAUAGGUUUCAUAGUCACUAAACUGUUUGGAUAGAAAAUUAUGAAUGGAAGAAGAGAUCAGCAGUUGGGAUUACAUCAGAAAUAUAUGAUAAAAUGAUUAUAUGUUUACAGGUAAAAGUGAGUAUUUAAAAAUUUUCUGGAACUCAAAAUUUGGAUUUUCCUGAUUUUGUUUUAAUGGUUAUAACAAACCUAUCCAAGAAGCUAAGAGACACAGCUGAGGAGCUAAAAUUUCUUCAGUAACAUUAUAAGUUAAGUUAUAACAUUAAGUAACAUUAUAAUACAAUUUGCAGUUCCUAGAUGAAGAUUCAGAAUAUUUUCAUCAUUUUAAGUCACUACUGGAGCUCUGUACUACCACAUUUGAAUUUAUUGUCAUGCUCUCCUAGUUAUAAGAAUCAUAAAACUAUAUUGCAUUAAAACUGACAAUAAACUUUAUAAAUAUACA